AUGAGUCACCCGGAGUCACCAGUUAGUCACCAUAAAGUCACCAAUAGUCGCCAGAAACGCCAGGAGUCACCACGGCUCUACCUCACCCAGCGGUCUGUACCUCACCCAGCGGCCUCUACCACCCAGCGGCUCACCUCACCCAGCGGUCUGUACCUCACCCAGCGGUCUGUACCUCACACCAGCGGUGUACCUCACCCAGCAGCCUCUACCUCACCCCGAGGGCCUCUACCUCACCCAGCGGCCUCUACCUCACCCAGCGGUCUGUACCUCACCCAGCGGCCUCUACCUCACCCAGCGGUCUCUACCACCCAGCGGUCUCUACCUCACCCAGCGGCCUCUACCUACCCAGCGGUCUGUACUACCCAGCGGCCUCUACUCACCCAGCGGUCUCUCACCAGCGUCCUUCCUACCUUACCUAGCGGUCUGUACCUCACCCAGCGGUCUGUACCUCACCCAGGCCUCUACUCCUCACCCAGCGGUCUGUACCUCACCACCCAGCGGCCUCUACCUCACCCAGCGGUCUGUAUCACCUCACCCAGCGGCCUCUACCUCACCCAGCGGUCUGUACCUCACCCAGCGGUCUGUACCUCACCCAGCGGCCUCUAUCCUCACCCAGCGGUCUGUACCUCACCCAGCGGCCUCUACUCACCCAGCGGCCUGUACCUCACCCAGCGGUCUGCCCCCACCCAGCAGUCUGUACCUCACCCAGCGGCCUCUACCUCACCCAGCGGCCUCUACCUCACCCAGCGGGUCUGUACCUCACCCAGCGGCCUCACUACCCAUGGCCUCACUCACCCAGCGGUCUGUACCUCACCCAGCGGCCUCUACUCACCCAGCGGUUCGUACUCACCCAGCGGUCUGUACCUCACCCAGCGACUCUACCUCACCCAGCGGUUCGUAUCACCCAGCGGUCUGUACCUCACCGAGCGGCCUCUACUCACCCCAGUCUAUAACUCACCCAGCGGCCUCUACCUCACCCAGCGGUCUGUACCUCACCCAGCGGUCUGUACCUCACCCAGCGGCCUCUACCUCACCCAGCGGUCUGUACCUCACCCAGCGGUCUGUACCUCACCCAGCGGUCUGUACCUCACCCAGCGGCCUCUACCUCACCCAGCGGUCUGUACCUCACCCAGCGGCUCUACCUCACCCAGCGGUCUGUACCUCACCCAGCGGCUCUACCCCACCCAGCGGUCUGUACUCCCUCACCCAGCGGCCUCUACGUCACCCAGCGGUCUGUACCUCACCCAGCGGUCUGUACCUCCACCCAGCGGUCUGUACCACCCAGCGGCCUCUACCUCACCCGGUCUGUACCACCAGGGCCUCUACCUCACCCAGCGGUCUGUACCUCACCCAGCGGUCUGUACUCACCCAGCGGCCUCUACUUCACCCAGCGGCUCCUACCUCACCCAGCGGUCUGUACCUCACCCAGCGGCGUCUACCUCACCCAGCGGUCUGUACCUCACCCAGCGGCUCUACUUCACCCAGCGGCCUCACUCACCCAGCGGUCUGUACUCACCCAGAGUGUCUGUACCACCCAGACUCUACCUCACCCAGCGGUCUGUACCUCACCCAGCGACCCUACCUCACCCAGCGGUCUGUACCUCACCCAGCGGCCUCUCUACCUCAGCGGUCUGUACCUACCCAGCGGCUCUACCUCACCAUGGUCUGUACCUCAUCCAGUGGUUCUGUUUCACCCAGCGGUUCCACCUCACCCAGCGGCCUCUACCUCACCCAGCAGUCUCUACCUCACCCAGCGGUCUCACCUCACCCAGCAGUCUCUACCUCACCCAGCGGCCUCUCACCCUCACCCAGCGAUCUGUACCUCACCCAGGUCUGUACUCACCCAGCGGCCUGACCUCACCCAGCGGUCUGUACCUCACCCAGCGGCCUCACCUCACCCAGCGGUCUGUACCUCACCCAGCGGCCUCUACCUCACCCAGCGGUCUGUACCUCACCCAGCGGUCUGUACCUCACCCAGCGGCCUCUACCUCACCCAGCGCUGUACCUCACCCAGCGGUCUGUACCUCACCCAGCGCCUCUACCUCACCCAGCGGUCUGUACCUCACCCAGCGGUCUGUACCUCACCCAGCGGCUCCUACCUCACCCAGCGGUCUGUACCUCACCCAGCGGUCUGUACCUCACCCAGCGGUCUGUACCUCACCCAGCGGUCUGUACCUCACCCAGCAGUCUCUACCUCACCCAGCGGUCUGUACCCCACCCAGCGGUCUGUACCUCACCCAGCGGCCUCUAUUUCACCCAGCGGCCUCUACCUCACCCAGCAGUCUCUACCUCACCCAGCGGCCUCUACCUCUGCCCAGCGGUCUGUACCUCUCCCAGCGGUCAGUACUCACCCAGCGGCCCCUACUCCUCACCCAGCGGCCCCUACCUCACCCAGCGGCCUCAUCCUCACCCAACGGCCUCUACUCACCCAGCGGCCUCUACCCCACCCAGCGGCAUCUACCUCACCCAGAGGUCUCUAUCACCCAGCGGCCUCUACCUCACCCAGAGGCUCUCCACUACCCAGCGGCCCCUACCUCACCCAGCAGUCUCUACCACACCCAGCGGCCUCACCACCCAGAGGUCUCACCACCCAGCGGCCUCUACCUCACCCAGCGGCCUCUACCUCACCCAGAGGUCUCUACCCCACCCAGCGGCCUCUACCUCACCCAGCAGUCUCUCACCACACCCAGCGGCCUCUACCUCACCCAGAGGUCUCCUACUCACCCAGCGGCCUCUACCUCACCCAGAGGUCUCUACCACCCAGCGGCCUCUACCUCACCCAGCAGUCCCACCACACCCCAGCGGCCCUACCUCACCCAGCAGCCCCACCCCACCCAGCGCCUCACCACCCAGCACCUACCCCACCCAGCGGUCUGUACCUCACCCAGCGGCCUCACUUCACCCAGCGGCCUCUCAUCACACCCAGCGGCCUCUACCUCACCCAUGGUCUGCACCUCACCCAGCGGGCUCCACCUCACCCAGCGGUCCUGUACCUCACCCAGCAAUCUCUACCUCACCCAGAGGCCUCACCUCACCCAGCAAUCUCACUCACCCAGCGGUCUCUACUCUCACCCAGCGGCCUCAGCACCUCACCCAGCGCGGCCUCACUCACCCAGCGGCCUCUACUCUCACCCAGCGGUCUGUACCUCACCCAACGGUUUCUACUUUACCAAGCGGCCUCUCACCUCACCCAUCUCACUCACCCAAGCGGCCUCUACUCCACCCAGGGCCUCUACUUCACCCAGCGGCCUCACCACCCCAGCAGCCCUACCUCACCCAUGGCCUCUACUCACCCAGCGGCCUCAUCUCACCCAGCGGCCUCACCACCCAGCGGCCUCACUUCACCCAGCGGCCCUACUCACCAUGGCCUCACCCCACCACAUGCCCCUUGUCACCCCAGCCCCCACCACCAUGGCCUCUUUCUCACCCAAGCGGCCCCUAAUUUCACCCAGCGGCCUCUCAUUUCCACCCAGCGGCCUCUCACUUCCAACCAGCGGUCUCCAUCUCACCCAGCGGCCUCUACUUCACCCAGCGGCCUCUAUUUCAACCAGCGGCCUCCACCUCACCCAGCGGCCUCAUCUCACCCAGCGGUCUCUACUUCACCGAGCGGCCUCUACUUCAACCAGCGGUCUCUACCUCACCCAGCAGCCUCUACCUCACCCAGCGGCCUAUUUCACCCAGCGGUCUCUAUUUCGCCCAGUGGUCUCUAUCUUCCACCCAUCGGUCUCUACUUCACCCAUCGGUCUCUAUUUCACCCUAGUGGUUCUUACUUCACCCUGCGGUCUCUAUUUCACCCAGCGGUCUCUAUCACCCAGCGGUCUCUAUUUCACCCAGCGGUCUCUCCACCCCAGCGGUCUCUAUUUCACCCAGCGGUCUCUUUCUUCACCGCGUCUCUAUUUCACCCAGCGGUCUCUAUUUCACCCAGCGGUCCUAUUUUCACCCAGCGGUCUCUACUUCACCCAGCGGUCUCUACUUCACCCAGCGGUCUCCUAUUUCACCCAGCGGUCUCUACACCCAGCGGUCUUCUACUUCACCCAGCGGUCUCUACUUCACCCAGCGGUCUCUAUUUCACCCAUCGGUCUCUUACUUCACCCAUCGGUCUCUAUUUCACCCAGCGGUCUCUAUUUCCACCCAGCGUGGGCGAAGGAAAUCCAAGUUCUGUCGGAAAUUGCUGAAACUGAGCCACAUGUUUGUAUAUGUGGCAUUCACCCCCAGAGUCAAAAGUCGUUGGAGCUACCUGAUGAGCUACCAUACCUGAAAUCGGAUCUCUCCUCUGCCCUCUAG